AUGGAGCUGGAUCCACAGCCAGCGGCGGCCGACGGGGCCCAGACAGAUCCACCAGUGGAACCACAUGCAAGCAACAAGGCUGAUGCGGUGCUAGACACGUCGACAGAACAUAUGGACGGUGACAAUGCAGCAGAAACACCAGUACAGUCUCUACCGCCGAAUGCUCUGAGACCAGAAGCACCAGACGGACCGGACGCACCAAACGCGGCAGAACCGAAAGAACCAACCGAACCAGCAGAACCAGCAGAGGCGCAAGGCGCGAAAGACACAACGGUGGAGAGAGUCGCGAGGUUUCUGGCAACACCGCCAACACAUUCCUCCCAUCUGCCAACCGAGGGCACAAUGGAGACAGGCGCAACAGCGGGGGCAGAAACGGAAGCAGAAGCAGUGGACAGGAAGAGGGAGUCGCACGCAAGCAACCCACCAGCCGCGCCAAACCCAUACGAGUCGAGCAAUGACAUUGCCCACAACGAACGGCCACAAGUAUCCUCAUCUCCACAGACACAGUCGAAUGAAGGCCUCAUCACAUCACAUCUUUCGCCACAGCUUCCAGAACUGUUACCAACACAACCACUACCACCACCACCACCACCGCCACAGCAACCGACCCAACUAGACAAAAACGCAUAUACUGGAAAGAGCUUUUCCGACGAACAUGCCGAGCCGACAUUGAGUGCGGCGACACAACAGCCGCGGCUGGAAGACGAGACGACCGAUACGGCGUCGUCGUUGUUCAGUACAGGACUGAGUAUUGACUCGGAUGCCGACUCUGCCCUGGGCGACGUUGAUGCUCCAUCCUCUACACAGUCGGUCCGCUCGAGCAUCUACGAGUUUGUCGAAGAAAACGGGCGCACCUUUCACAAAUACAAACAGGGCAAAUACUUUAUGCCCAACGACAAGAGCGAGCAGGAGCGCCUCGACCUCCAGCACGCCAUCUUUGUGCUCCUGCUCAAGGGCCAGCUGGCCCGCGCGCCCAUCGAGGACCCGCAGCGCGUGCUGGACGUGGGCACGGGCACGGGCAUCUGGGCGAUUGAGUUUGCGCAGGCGCACCCGGCGGCGCAGGUGAUUGGCACGGACCUCAGCCCGAUCCAGCCGGACUUUGUGCCGCCCAACUGCCGCUUCGAGAUUGACGACGCCGAGGACGACUGGACGUACGCGUCGCCCUUUGACUUUGUGCACCUGCGCCUGCUGUGGCACUCCUUCCACGACCCGCGCCGCAUCCUGCAGUCGGCCUACGACCACCUGCGCCCCGGCGGCUACGUCGAGUGGCAGGACUACAUGAGCCGCUUCCGCGCCGUCGACGACUCGCUGCAGGGCAGCGCGCUGACGCGCCUCGACACGCUGUACGCGGCGGCCGGCCGCCGCCUCGGCCGCGACAUGCUCGUGACGCCCAAGCUCGCCGGCAUGAUGCGCGACGUCGGCUUCGUCGACGUCGUCGAGGAGCGCUAUGCGCUGCCGGGCAACCCGUGGCCCAAGGGCCGCGCGGCCAAGACGCUGGGGCUCUGGCAGAUGACCAACUUCUUGGACGGCAUGCAGGCCAUCACGAUGACGGUCCUGACGCGCGGGCUCGGCAUGACGCCGGCCGAGGUGGAGCUGCUGCUCAUGGACGUGCGCAAGGACGUGCAGAACACCAACGUGCACUUUUACAUUCCCGUGUACGUCAUGUACGGCCGGAAGCCGUAUCCGCACGAAGUGCCAAAGGCUGCGUAG